AUGUUCUGUGGAAUGGUGCUGCUUGAGGAUGAAGGGAGUUGUGGUUCAACACAUCUGGAAGUAUUAGAAUUGGUCCCAGAAACAUCAGCUAAGGCCUCUUACAAACCAUAUACAAACAGUUCUGCCAACAGAGAAGUCCUGACCGGAAAAGAAACCUUGAUUCAGUUUCCACUGCUGGGAUCUUCAACAAAUCCUGCCCAUUGGAAGGCUCACUUGAAGCAAUGUGACCUGCUCAGGCUCUCCCAGAAGCAAAAGAGGCUUUGUCGUCGGGAGCCGGGGCUGGCCGAGACUUUACGAGAUGCCACCCGUCUCGGAGUCCUUGAGUGCCAGUACCAGUUUCGCAAUGAGCGUUGGAACUGCAGCCUUGAUGGGAGGACAAACCUGUUGAAGAGAGGUUUCAAGGAAACAGCAUUUCUCUAUGCAGUGUCUUCAGCAGCAUUAACUCAUUCCCUUGCUCGAGCAUGCAGUGCUGGGAGAAUGGAGCGCUGUACCUGUGAUGAUUCACCUGACUUAGAGAACCGCAAAGCUUGGCAGUGGGGUGUGUGUGGUGACAACCUCAAGUAUAGCAUCAGGUUCCUGAAGAAUUUCUUGGGCCAGAAGAAGGUUGGGAAAGAUCUGAGGGCCAAGGUGGACAUCCAUAACACAAACGUGGGCAUCAAGGCUGUGAAAAAUGGCCUGAAGACUACUUGCAAGUGCCACGGUGUGUCUGGCUCGUGUGCUGUGAGAACUUGCUGGAAACAGUUGUCUCCUUUCCAUGAGACAGGAAAGCUCCUGAAGCUACGCUAUGAUGCUGCUGUCAAAGUCUUCAGUGCCACCAAUGAUGCCAUGGGACAAUCAGAGCUCGUGAGCCCCCAGCAGCAUCAUGGCCGCUUAGCUAAAGGUCCUGCUGCUCCACGCCCCACCGAUCUGGUUUAUAUGGAAGAUUCUCCUAGCUUCUGCCGACCUAGCAGGUAUUCAGUGGGCACAGCUGGAAGGACGUGUUCCCGUGAGGCCAACUGUGACAGUAUGUGCUGUGGCCGGGGUUACAAUAUCCAGACCCACAUUGUUACCUUCUCUUGCCAUUGCCAGGUGCAAUGGUGCUGCUAUGUGGAAUGCCAGCAGUGCAUGCAGGAAGAAGUGGUUUACAGCUGCAAGCAAUGA